CUUAUAAAAAUAACUUGUUUUGAUCUCCCGCUAAAAAAAUCUUCUGUCAGAAUCAUUAGUUUAAGGCGUCUAGAUUUUCUUUUCUUUCUCUCUUUCUCUUAUUUCAUUCUGUAACCAUACUUCCCUCCCCCUCCCCUCCCUUCCUUUCCUUAAAAACUCUUAUUCAUUCCUUUUUAUUAACAUGGCUCCUACAACAGUAUGGAUUAACAAGCGUGCUGACGAUGACGACGAAGAUUAUUCUGAAGAUACUAAUGAUGACAGUGGCAGCGAUGACAAUUCUGAUGACAGCGUUGACAAUUCUGAUGACAGCGGCGAUGAUUCUGAUGACAGCGUUGAUGAUUCUGAAGAUACGAGUGAUGAUGGCAGCGAUGAUUCGACCGAAGAUUCUACUGAGGAUGACGGCUCAGAAGCUGAUGGUACUGAACAAGACGAUGGCUCGACAGAUUCAGGCACUGUAGAUGCUGAUACUACGGAAGAAGAUGGUACCACUGACAAUUCCGAUGAUACUAUAACUGCUACGACUACUGCAGACACUACGACUACUACCGUGGAUGACAACACAGUUCCAACUUUGAGUGUAAGCGAGGUCAUGACUAGCACUGUAGCCCCUAUUACUACCACUACUGCUACCACAGACAAUGUCAUAGCCACUACAACCCAAGAUAUAAGCACAAUAUCGUCUAUCAUAGACACCUCUUCUGCUAUCAUGACUGCUACUUAUUCUUCUUCUUUCUUGCCUACUGCCACCACAACAUCCGCUAUUGUAUCUAGUACACCAUCUAUGAGUCUAGACACUGCAAACAAUAAUGCUAGUAGCAAUAGUGGUCUGAGUGACCAAAAGAAAGCUGUUAUUGGCGGUGUUGUAGGUGGUGUAGGCGGAGCCCUUAUCCUUGGUUUCCUUGCUUUCAUUUUUGUUUCUCGCUGGAAGAGACAACGUCGUGAAAAGGGUAUGGAAACCUUCCGCCCAAGAUCCGAUUACAGUGUAUUUAAUGCUGGUGGAGGUGGAGCUCGCAUGUCCGAAAUCCCUGCUUAUUAUAAUAGCCCAAGUGCUGAACGCAUUAUUCCUGUGAAUCAUAAUCAAUAUUAAUCUUUUUCUUUUUACCAAUAUUUAUUCUAUAUUUAUGUAUUAAAAUAAUCCCCCCUUUUUUUAGA